CAAUUUCAGCGCUAUGACGCGGAAGGUCGACGUCGACAAUCGGAUCUCUCUCCGCAAUUACUACCGUAUCGCCGAUAAUAUCCUCAAACAGGCAAAUAUCUAUAGGGAGGAAAAAAACUUGAUCGACUUGUAUGUUAUACUGCUAAGAUAUUCAAGUUUGGUGUCAGAGACUAUACCAUACCAUAAAGAUUACCAAGUUUUGUGUUCCAAAGAAAGAUCUUUUUAUAAGAAGAAAUUGCUUGCUGUGCUAGAUGAGCUGGAGGCUUUAAAGCCGAAAGUGCGUCUUCAGUUAGAUGAACAGAAAACAUUUAGCACUAAUAGUCAGAUGCAUCAGCUUGAUGGUCCGACUAGUGUUUCCUACACGCCUUCAGUAAAUAACAAAGCCUCCUUAAACUACAGUAGCAAGCAGAUGUCACAACAGAUUACCGCGCCUUCAUCUUCAUUGAUGCAGAAUAAUGAUUAUGCUAGAUUUUCUUCGCCAAAACCUGUUGAGUCUCAAUUCCAGAAGAUGUCUCUUGGUUUACCUCUUCCAAAGCAGGAGACAUUAUCCAGGCAUUCAUUAUUAGGACCAACUGGUCUACGUGGUCAAUGGCUUGGUCCAAUGGCUGAGGUUAAGGUUAAUUAUCCACUAAUAUUGUUGUGGACACUAAAGAAUUCUCAGUCUGAAUCAGGUGGGGCAACUAGAACCAGUGGCAAGCGUAAAUGGAUGGUGAUUCAAAUGCGGAAAAGUCAACCUUCAGAAUCUGUUCCUAUCUUCUGA